UGCUGUGAUGAAGCAAUAAAGCUCAAGAGUGAAAAGCCAUCUUUUAUUCGUUGUCCUUAUUGGGUGAAUUUGGAAGACGAUCACCAGACAGGAUGGCCAGCGAGGCACAAAGCGCAACAGGUUAUGGGCUGUUGGUAGACUGCGGAGCCACAACACACAUCAUAAAUGAAGAGGGGAAAUUUACCACCUUUGACAACACAUUCAACCCUGAACAGCACUACAUAAAACUUGCAGAUGGAACCAUGAAGAACAACGUGGCAUUGAAACGAGGAGAUGCUGAAGUGCUCCUGCAGGACAAGAGGGGACGAAGUGUUGCUGUUACACUGAAGAGAGCUCUUUACGUACCAACAUAUCCUCAGAGCAUACUAUCAGUGAAAGCAGCUACAACUGAUGGAGCCAAGGUGACAUUUGAAGAGGGACGAAACAAACUAAAGACUAAAGACGGAACAGUCUUCAGCAUGGAGGUACAUGGACGGCUAUACUACGUGAAAACGUGCAGCACCAUGGGGAAGAAGUGUUGGGUUGACGGCUGCAAGAGGAGCUACCUGACCAACAAGGCGGUUGAGCAGGAGCAGGCCACCAAAGGGGCCGCUAUCACCCUCCACAAGUUCCCCAGGGACGAUGACCUGAGGGCCAGGUGGCUCAAGAACAUCAUAAUGGACGAGGAGGAUGACCCAAGUGGCAAAAGGUACAGCUGCUCCUUGGACUUCAGAGAUAGUGAUUUUAACGUGAUGCCCAAAGUACAUGGAGGGAAGCAGAGGAAGCGGCGUGUUGAGGACGCCGUGCCGACCAAUUUUAGCCACGGUACGGCCUACCCACCCUGCAUGCAGGAGACGCCGCCCCUCCACAAGAGGUCCAUGCCCAUGGCAAGGAGUCCGGUACAGGUGGCAGAGGCGGUGAGUAUGGAGCACAAGUCCACCUCCCUCGAGGACCUCAAGGUGAAGAUCAAGACAGAGAUAGAGAUUUUUGAAUGCAUGGUUGAACAGCAAACACAAACAAAUAGGUGGGAUUCAGUAAAGGUUGAAGAGCAAACACAAACAAUUAAGUGUGAUUUAGUAAAGGUUGAACAGCAAACACAAACAAAUGUGUAUAAUUCAGUAAAGGUUGAAGACCAAGCACAAACAAAUGAGGAUGAUUCAGAAAUCCAAGGCCAGUCAACCAGAAUUUCUGCUGAAGAAGACAAUAUUGACAAUAUACAUAAAGACAGGCAAGAAAAUCAUCCCCAACUUGAAAAUGGGGAAAAUAAUGUACUGCUUAAUGAGGUUAGAGAAACUGCGGUUCAUGAUGAUGUUAGAGACCAUGAUGACAGUAAGAAUCACCGCUAUCCAAUAAGGGGAAGAAAAACUCCAAAAUACUUGAAUGAUUACAUAACAUACACGGAUGAUACUGACAUAUUCAACACAAAUGUUGAGUGUUACUACUAGGGGUGCAACGGUUCAGUUAGCCCACGGUUCGGUUUGAACCUCGGUUUUGGGAUCACGGUUUCGGUUCGGUUUUGAUUUGCGGUGUGCAUUUUUUUUUUUUUUUUAACUGCCUUUAUUUUGCUUUUAAGAAAAUGAAAUAAACACUUAAAAUGUAAACCUUUUCCACUGUUAAAAUGCCUCUUAGCCCUUUGGCUAGUGUAGUGACUGACUACUGAAAUACACACACUGUAGUAAAAAAGUUACUUGGCAAAGUAACUGGUGUUACCGUUCAUGUUUUUUUUUUUUUUCAUUCAACAACAAACAAACAAACAAACAAACAAAUAAACAAAAAAACCUAGUAACCUUUGCUAUGUUUGGAGGUCAUUUAAUGUUGUGAAUCAACCGUUAAAAGUUGAUAAAAUUGCUCCCGUUUUUGCAUUAUUUCCCUUCUGUCUACCUCCGACAUGUGAAAAUUUUAAAACUGUUUCAUCCUUUAAAGAUAGACUCAAGUCAAGAUUUGCCAAUUUAGGAGUAUUUUAGAUAAAAAGUUACUUAGGUUCACUAGGAUGGUUCACUACAAAAGCGCCUUUCUGAGAAAUUUACUGCUCUAAAAUGGCGGCUGAUUACUAACGCUACCGAGUCUGUCAAUCGCAUGUUGUUCUAUAUGCAUGAGAUAUCUAGGCAUAGAUUGUAGGCUGUCGGCUACAGUCAGUAAAUAUUGGAGCCACCUAGCCUAGCAUCGUGUUUGCUACAGCGUCACAACAAACACUCUUCCCUCUCCAUGUCUCUGACUUUUCUCUAACGCACAUUGUCUCGUUACCGAAACGUUAUAGUGGACCGUCACCGUUAGGUAGUAGCACUCUGUAGCACGGGACGUCCAACUAUCAGUGGUCAGGGCGAAACUAUGUGCUUUAGCGAAAUCAUCCUCGAUGGCUUUGCGUGCCAUUUAAUAAAUGUCGGGGAUUACGUUGUUGGAGAAAUAUGUUGUAAUUUAAUGCGUGUCAUCUUUGGGGUUGUCCUGCUCUGAGAAAGUGGUGGGUGAUGCCGGUUGAGGUGCCGAAGUAAUUUUAUAAGUGUUGCCAUUAGCAUAGGGAACAAGCGCUGAGCAAUGCUUGCAAAUUGUUUUAAAUUUUGUUUUCAAUAUUUUCUCUCCCUCCGCAUUGUAGUCCACGGGGAAACCGAAAUGUUGCACACCGCAGAUUUGAAAGAAGCCGGUGCUUCCUCAAAAUUCGGUCUCUCCACUCCUCCGCUCACCAUAGCUUUUUGUUUUCUUUCUUGUUUCACUUUCACUUUGCUCGUAAACGAGAGAGGGCGUUACUCGGCUUCUAUUACACAGGUGCUUGACAGCGAUCGGACAUUUCUCCACAGCUAUGUGCUUCACGUCACACACAGUCACACAGAGCUCGACCAAUUCAUUCCACAAGCGUUCGGAAUAAAUUAAUUUCAAAACCGAAAAGGCGCGGUUCAUAAAGGCGUAUUGAACCGUACAGGGCCAACCGUACGGUUCGGUUUUGAACCGCAAACCGUUGCACCCCUAGCACUAUGUGGAGUUCCACAACCCUAUAGGGAUGCAAUGAUGUUAGAUGAAGCAUCAUCAUGGAAAGAAACAAUGUAGGAAGAGAUUAAAUCUCUCCAAGAAAAUGAGACAUAUCAACUGAUUCCUUUACUGAAAGGUAGAAACACAAUUGGAGGAAGAUGGGUAUAUGCCAUCAAAGAAAAUGUGGAUAAAAGGAAAAUGUAGCAAAGCAAGAUAUGUAACAAAAGGUUACAAUCAAACAGAAGGUAUAGAUUACAUUGAAACAUUUGCUCCAACAGCAAACAUAACAUCAAUACGAGCAUUGAUGCAGAUUGCUAUCCAAAGCAAUCUCAUAAUUCAUCAAAUGGAUGUUAGACCGCAUAUUUACAUGCACCCAUAGAUGAAGAUAUACUCUUAGAACAACCAGAGGGUUUUGAAAAGACCUCAGAUGAAGGAGGACAAGCUAAAUAAAUCUUUUUAUGGCCUUAAACAAUCAGGAAGAAAUUAGUCCAGAAUUCUCAAUGACCACAUUUGGAAGGAGACAAUUUUGUGCUAAACCAAGUUGAUCACUGUGUAUACAGGAAACAGAUGGGGAACUAUAUAAUCAUUGUCAUUAUCUGGGCUGAUGAUUUAAUAAUUGCAACCAGCAAUACCGACAGACUAAAGAAAUUCAAAGAAACCAUGAGAUCGAGAUUCCGCAUGAAAGGUCUCGUAAAAUUGUCUACUUCUUAGGCAUACAGUUUGAACAAGAGGAUGACCAAAUCAAAAUGAGUCAGAAAAGGUACAUCCUCAAAAUGCUCAAAAGAUUUGGAAUGUCUGAGUGUAAACCCAGAUAUACACAAUGUGAAGCUAGACUUGAGACAAACUAAGAAAGCACCAUAAGUGACCUUGUCACGUCACGGCAAAAGAGUACUCUGAAAUUGUAGGCAGCUUGAUUUAUGCUAUGACUUGUACUAGACCUGACAUAAACUGGAUUGUUUUCACAAACAUUGUCAAAACCAAGAAAUCACAACCUCGUGGCUGUCAAACAUGUCUUGAGGUAUUGUAGAUAUAUAUUUCCAUAUAUUUACACAAAUAUAUAUCUGUUCAUUUUAGAUUGUCACUCAUAAGCUUUAAUUAUCCCAUGGUACUGUGUUUUGUCUAUUUUGUGAAAUCCGCGACGAAGGAGUAGUAGCCUUCUGUUAUAGCCCUGUUCUUAAUUUAGCUGUUUUUUUUUUCAUUGUUUGUGUAGACGGCGUUUAGAAAACUGUUUGAAGUUGAAGGUCGGGAGACCUUUUUCUGGGUAGCACCUCGUUGUGCCGGCCAGUUAUAAAAUUACUUUUCCCUUAAUAAAUGUAUAUACAGUGCCUUGCAAAAGUAUUCGGCCCCCUUGAACCUUGCAACCUUUCGCCACAUUUCAGGCU